CAUUUUCGGUAGUAAACAAAGUGUAGAGAAAUAUUUGCAAAAUGUUGACUUCUAUGGUAAAAGAAUACCAAGUAAAACAGGCCAAACGAAAACAGGAGCAAGAAUUACGGCGCAAAGAUGUUAUAGAAUCAUCAAAUGAGCUCACACAGGCUAUAGUGGACCACUUGAAUGUUGGUGUGGCACAAGCAUAUUUGAAUCAGAAGCGCUUGGAUGCCGAAGCGAAGCAGCUGCAUGUGGGCGCCACCAAUUUCGCCAAACAGACGCAGCAAUGGUUGCAACUUAUCGAUAAUUUUAGCAGCGCGUUAAAGGAGCUAGGCGACGUAGAGAAUUGGGCGCGCAGCAUAGAAAGCGAUAUGCAAGUUAUACAAAGUACUUUGGAAAUAGCGUACAAGACGUCACGACAAACACAACACAAUAGCACUAAUUAAAAGUUGGGCAAGGGUUUUUACAAAUGCAUUUAAAUAUAACCAAUUGUUGCUGAAAUUUUACAAGCAGUAUGAUUUUUCUUUGAGGAAAUUGAAAGCCUGUAACUUUUACCCGGGGAAAUACACACUUUCACUGUUGGCAAAAUUA